UUAGGGCUCUUCCCAUCUGGUCGAGAAUGAAGUACCAGAUCUCCCAGACGGCCUACGUCAAGCUCGCGCUCCACGCCCUCAAGCACAGAUCGGCAGCUGUGAAUGGGAUUCUAGUCGGCAGAGUAAGCGGCGGGGGCGGCGGCGGAGGGGCGGAGGAGGAUUCCGCCGCUACCGUCUCGAUUGUGGACUGUGUGCCCCUCUUUCACGGUCAGCUGGGUUUGCUUCCCAUGCUAGAGCUUGCUUUGACACAGAUCGAAGAGUAUUUUUCCUCCCAUCAAGAGGGUCUUAGCAUUGUUGGAUGCUACCAUGCGAAUGAGCGAUUUGACGACUACGAUCUGAGUGGAAUCCCUCGAAAGAUUGGCGAUCACAUUGCUCGCUAUUUCUCCUCGGCUUGCGUCCUUCUGCUAGACAACAGGUUGCUAGAGUCUCUCGCUAAAGCCGGAAAAAAACCGGCUGUCCAGCUUUUUACACGCGAUUCCUCUCGAGGAUGGCGCUCGGCACCAGGAAGCAGUGAUCUCGUCCUCGCCGAAUCCACCGCGAACGAGAUUCUCUACGAUUACAUCCUGGAAGGGAGGGAGCAAAGUGUCACAGACUUUGACGAUCAUUUGGACGAUAUAAGCAAGGAUUGGUUGAACCCAGGCUUGUUCGAUUGAUCAGCAAAAGUACUACAAAUUUAUAAAUGGCCCAUAAAAAAAACUCCUUGUUGCGUUGUCAACGCUCGGUCAAUGUGGUCAAUGAGGUCAACAUUUUUCUUG